AUGUUGGGGAUAUGUGCUGUAGCUGAGCUGGCCCAGAAGGCAAGGAGGGAAAUUGCAGAUUAUCUGUCAGAUGGAAAAGAUGAGAGUGCCAGGAUGUGUGAGCACGUCAUCCAUGAAGAUUACUUUGUGGAGGCCAUGGAGAUCCUGGAACUGUACUGUGACCUGCUGCUAGCCUGCUUCGGUUUGAUUCAGUCCAUGAAGGAGCUGCACUCUGGCCUGGCAGAAGCAGUAUCUGCACUGAUUUGGGCUGCACCACGACUCCAGUUGGAAGUGGCUGAGUUGAAGAUUGUUGCUGACCAGCUGUGUGCCAAGUACAGCAAGGAGUAUGGGAAGCUGUGCCGAGCAAACCAGAUUGGGACAGUCAAUGACAGACUGAUGCACAAGCUGAACUUGGAGGUACCACACAAGAUUCUGGUGGAGAGAUACCUCAUUAAGAUUGCCAAGAACUACAAUGUGCCCUAUGAAGCUGGCUCUGUGGUGAUGGCUGAAGCCACUGCAGGUGAAGAGGCAGAUCUGAUUGAUGUGGGAUUUACAGACGAUGUGAAGAAGGGUGGCCAUGGAGGGGGAGGUGGUGGUGGAUUUACAGCCCCACUGGUUGAUCAUGAUGGAUUAGUAUCCGUGCCAGUGAUGAUGCCUAUGCCCGUGCCAACACCAGAUCUGCCCUUCUCCUGCCUGCCUCCAAAGGGACCGGUUAAGUACCUUUGCUUUGAGUGUUCCCUUUUUCUGUGGAAGACUCUGUGA